AGGUUGGAUGAGAGAGCCAAGAAAUGAAGUCAACAAGAGAAAGGAAAAAGCUGUGAUGGUGGAAGGGUACGAAGAGCGAAGGGGUGGGAAAGUAACAGAUGGACUUGGGCGGAUUAGAGCGAAUCUGGGUGGGUUUCCACUGGAAACCAGGCGCAAUGCAGGAAUCGAGAAAAAUUCAGGAAACCUGAAUCUAUUAUUCAAGAAGGUUGAGACAAACACAAAGUGAACGUUAUCUAGCCUGCAGGCAUUGGUGCAGCAUGAGAGUCACCGGCCAUUAAUCUCCUCCACCUUACCCAAGAUUAAAGCAGAUUUACCGGGACCCAGAGGCAGGCCUGAGAUCCUGGACUAAUCACUCCUUCUUUAACCCAAUCCCUGUCGGAGAGGUGAGGGAACAGGUUGAGAAGAGGGAUGUACCAUGAGGCUGGACCUGAUUAGAUGUAAAAUCCGGAUUCUAAGAUUUAAAUCUGCCUUGGAGCGGGAAGAAGAACUCAUCAGGAAGAAGGAUAUGUGAGGAGCCUCGUGGCAACAUGAAGCUCAGCUAGACAGGCGUCUGGUGCUGUAAUACUCUCAAGAAACAAAGAUCUUAAAUUUAAAUCUGAUAACCUGCUUUGUUCGCCUGGUCAAUUCCAAGUUUCUGUAACAGACACGAGAGCUGGGAUCCUCCAGUUCGAUAAGGAUGCAACAGCUGGAGCUCCUCAUGCAACUUCCAGUCGGCACAUCUGUCGCAACUUGAUUAAAACCCAGCACUUUCUUUCUCUCUCUGUCCUCUGACCUCUCAUCAGAUAUCUUUCCUCAGACCCCGCCCUCUUUCCAACUCUUCACCACUGCUCAUCUUCCUCUCUGACCUUUGUUUCUCUUCUGAAACAUCCUUAAUCUCCUUAUUUUCUCCUCUUCUGCCCUCCAUGAGUCACUUUUAAACUGCCAAUCAACCUUCCUGCUUCUUACUUUUCUCAAAGUUGUCCUAAUCUUGUUCUUGAGGAUGCUUCAGCAUGCUGACCUUCAUCCCAAAAGGUCACCAAAACUGGUUGCCAUUUUAGGGCCAUCAAGGUAAAAUCGUCCCACCGCCUGCCGCAUUCCUCCACUGGCUUCAGUCCGGUUGAGCAGUGACAAUGCUGGAGAAAAUGUCCAGACGUAACCGGACCCUGCUGUCCCUGGGUCUCACCUCUCUGGCCCUGACAUUGUCAGUGUCAGCUUUCUGCAGUUCCUACUGGUGUGUAGGGACACACAAAGUGGUGAAGCCAGUCUGCCUGUCACCAGUCAAGAUGAAGAACUGUGGAAAGAACAACAGCCAGCCGUACACAACAGAGGCUCCCACCCUGGACCCCAGGAACCCGGUGUCCAAUGUGACGCUGUCUCCACAACAGAAGGAGGAACUGGCCCUGAUAAGGAAAAGGCAGUUGGCCAAUGCUGUGCAGUAUCUCUGGGAAACGGGCGAGGACAAGUACAUGCUGAGAUAUUUUCACACGGGUUUCUGGCUUUCCUGUGAAAAACACAACGAAGGAGAUGAUCAGGAAGAAAAGUGCCGCAGCUUCAUUGAACUCACCCCAGGAGAGACACAAGGUGUGCUGUGGCUAUCGGUUAUCAGUGAGUUCAUGUACAUCGGCCUUCUGGCGAUGGGUUUCCUCCUGAUGUGUGUCGAAGCGAUGUGCCUCUGUGCCAAGAAGGAGAUGAGCUCCCUGAAGAUCAACGCCUUUGCUGCAAUGUGCACCGUCCUUUCAGGUAUGAUGGGAAUGGUAGCUCAUAUGAUGUACACCACAGUGUUUCAGAUGACAGUGAGCAUCGGACCAAAGGACUGGAGGCCACAGUCUUGGGACUAUGGAUGGUCUUUUGCGCUAGCAUGGCUUUCCUUCAGCUGCUGCAUGGCAGCCGCUGUGGCAACACUCAACUCGUACACAAAGACCAUCAUUGAGAUGAAGCACAGAGCCAGGGUGAGGCUGGAGGAAGCCCGAGCUGCUACCAUCGCCCCUUCCUAUGAGGAGGUUGUUCGAGCCGGAGGUGGAGGGCUUUACUCAGUCAGUCAGCUGAUUCAUCUCGGCCAGCAGGGGGCCCUCAUGGAUCCACUGUGGCCAAGAGGAGUGGGACCAGCAGUUGGACCUUUGACAUGCGGUGCUGGUGGGGCCCUGCUGGUCGGAGGUGGAGUCGGGGGCAUCGGGAUGGGAAUGGGAGGAGCCAUAGCUGGAGGAAACACAGCUAUUGCAGGAGCAGGUGGGAUCGGUGUUGGAGGAAGUGGAGUUGGGAUGGGAAUGGGAAGUACUGGUGGGACAAUGGGGGCAAUGGGAGGAGGUGGAAUGGGAACAGGAAGAAUGGUGGACGCUCAUGGAGUCGUAGUUGUGGAGGGAUGCACCACAGAAGGAUGUGAAGAGUGUGAGCGAGAGAUGGACGAGAUAGAUUACACUCUGCAGGAGGAAAGAGAGGACUCCAUCUGCUAGGACUUAAAGGAUUAAGGACUGGUAAACAACACAAGACUUGAAGAAUCACCUGUAUUAAAUUUUUUGUACAUAAACUGUCUUCGAGUUUUUAGAAAUUCACUGUCAGUUUCAUUAUCGCUAUACAAAGAUUUCCAAACUUAAAUGGCUUGAUUAAAUGUUUUUUUUUAUCAUCAUGCCUCUGAAGUUUGCAAUUACAGUUGGGAUUUAUUCAUAUUUCAGUUAUAUAAUAAAUAUCUCUCAAGUCCUGAAGAGCUAGUGAGUAUUGUCACAGUACAGCAAAGAUAAUAAGAUAUCUUCAAAGUGGUAUAAAAAAAAAAGACGCAAAGAAAAAGUCACUUGGGGCGAACUAUCGGUGGCAUCAACACAAGCUUUGACAUGGAGCACAGCGCUGAAGGGAAACUCAUCAUUACUUAGAGUCAUGGUGAAGUGGAAGUGCCAUCUUUCUGGUUUCAGUGAAUAAAUUAUCUGGCUUUAUACCAUAAUUUAUUUAACUACUCCCUCAAGGAUACAAAACCAAACCAAAGAUUUUAUAUAUUUUAAGAGGACAAUUCUCUAUCCGUAAUGCUAUAGAUUUAGCCUGACCUUGCUCAUACUCGUAUUAGGACAUUUUCUGGUAAUUAAUCUAAGGCUGGAAAAUCCAAGAAAUUUUGUGAAUAGAUGCUACAAGCUGGUCAUACUGACAUCCCACAGCAGCUUCUUUACUUUUACUCAUCGUUAUCAGGAUAAGUAAUAGAAAACUGAACCAGGUUACUUGUGUAAAACUGGCCUUGCACUGACGUUUUAUGUGAAUCAAUGUGUUUUAGCAGUGAUUUAGUUAAUCAGAAUUCAAAGUUACAACUUCUCAGGGCAAUUAUGUACACUUUAGCCACAACUUUUCAGAAAUACUUAUGGACAUGACAGCAGUUGCACAUAUGCACAUGUAGUGACAGAGUGACAAGAGACAUUUUGAAUUUAGCCCUGCUGCCUCCUGCUGCCACAAGGGAAGAUAUGAAAAAUUAAAACACAACACUGAUGAAAGUUAGAAACACCAAUUUUUCUGCUUGAAUUUUUAUUAGUGUUUUGCAAAAACUGUGGGUAAAAUGGUUUUUCUUUUAUUUGGAGGGGUGAGGGUUGGGUUGUGUUGGAGCCUUGGAGUAGAGUGACUCAGUUGAGGCUUUUUGGACAUCUGGUCAGGCUGAUCCCGGGGUGCCUCCCAGGGCAGACCCAGAGUCAGCUAGAGAGACGCUCUAAAAGCUUGGGAAAAGUUUUGCGUCCCACAGAAUAAGACAAAAAGUUUCAUUGGGGGAAUAACAGACCUGAGACCCUCACAAUCCAAUCUCAAAUACAACACAGUACUCUUGUUUUGGUCAAAUAUUCUCAAAUCAGAUUUUUCUGUUCCCACAACAAAAGACACAAACUGCCAAGCAGUGUCAAAAACUGCUUGUGAUUCCUGCUGUGUGGUUCAGUUUCUGCUUCUGAGAACAUAAAAAAGUCUAUCUAGGAAUACCGAAAAAAGUGAGAUGACUGUGGCAGAGAGGUCUGGAUUUUGAGACAGAUGUUUUUUAGAUGUUGGACAGAAGAUUAUGUCAGUAAUCUCUACCAGUGAUGGAAAUAAGACAGAAAGAGAGAGAGGGAUUGACUUAAUUCAGGCAGUGAGGCAGAGAUAAACUCAACUCCAAGGUUAUUGAAUGGCACUGUAUGAGGACAGUAAUUAAAAAUGUAAUUUAAGAGGUUAGAUAAUGCAGCAGUUAUGCAACCUCAUCCAUAUGGACAGUAACCAGUUCCUGUAACUUUAACUAGCAGCAGAAUAAUGUUUACCACCGCAUUUUGAUUUUUAAAAAAAUAUUUACAAUUUUUUUAUAAACUGAAACAUAUUUCUCUGACUGAAUAACAAUUUAAGUUAGGAGAUUUUGGAAGAAUAUUCUAACAAGAACAAAAAACAGAAUACUUGUAAACCUUUUUUU